UACCUAGUUUAAUUAAAUCCAUUUUAAGUGUCGGAGACAUGUGCUUUUCGAGUUAAUUAAACGAGAACUCAGAAGAUUAAAAUCAUAUUAAUUUUAUUUUAAAGCUGGGCAAAAUUAUGUAAAAGGUAUCAGAUUAUCAAUAGAAUUAAAAACUAAUCAUCAUAUAACUUCAAGGAGAGAUUGAAGGUGCACAGCUUUCAUCAAACUGCUCCACAAAAAAAAAUCAAAGACAAGUACUAACUAACAAUAUCAAUAAUAAUGGACGAAAUGCUGAAAGAUGCGCGUUUCGCGCAUAUUGUGAGAGAUCCAAAGUUUCGUCGCAUUCCCAAAGCUGAGAGGAAAGUGAAGAUUGAUCGUCGAUUUAAGGGUAUGUUUAAGGAUGAAAAGUUUACCGUGAAGUACACCAUUGAUAAGCGCGGUAGACCUAUUAAUCAAACCACCACCGAAGAUCUUAGAAAAUAUUAUGAUCUGUCGAGCAGCGAAGAUGAAGAUGCAUCUGUGUCAUCUGCAACUAAGAAAGACAAUGAAAAGAAAGUAAAGGAUAUCAAGGAGAAGAGAAAGAAUAAAAAAAAAUCUGUGAAGGAAAUCGAAUUAAAAACUGAGAAAGAUUUCUCAGAUAAAAGAAACAAAAAUGAGAAGAACAAAGGUGAUUGUUUAUCAAGCCAGAAAAAUUUUUUUGAGCUGAAAACAAAAGAGAAAUCUCCUGAUGAAGAUGAAUCUUCAGAUAGUGAGACUGAAUCUGUUCAAAAAGAAUUUUCUCAAGCAGAGCUAGAUGAAAAUAAUAAACAGCUUUAUAAAACAAGGAAAAAUGAAAAUGGUAGACUUACAAAUGAAAUUAAAGAGAAACUGAGGGAUCUUACUGUAAAUUAUGCUAGAGGUGAAGGUGUUUUGUUAAGUGACAGUUCUUCAGAAGAAGAAUCAUUUGAAGCUAGUGAUGCCGAGGAAGAGAUUGAGCAUAAUUGGGGUGAACUGGAUAAAGAUGCCGAAACAACAGAUGAGAUCACAUGUCGAUUAGCUAUUUGUAAUAUGGAUUGGGAUAGAAUACGUGCUGUGGAUUUAAUGAUUUUGUUAAAUUCAUUCUUACCCAGUAGUGGACUCAUCCAUUCAGUUACANUUUAUCCAUCAGAAUUUGGUCUGCAGCGAAUAAAAGAAGAAGAAAUUAAUGGACCAUCAGAGCUGAAAAAUGAAGCUAUUGAAAAUGAAGACGAAAUUGAAGAUGAUAAUGAAGAAGGUUCGAAAUACCACAUGGAGAAGUUGAGACAAUAUCAAUUGAACCGAUUGAAAUACUAUUAUGCUGUUGCUGAAUUUGAUUCCGCAGAAACGGCAAACAAAGUAUACACGGAGUGUGACGGUAUUGAAUAUGAAUCGACUGCAACUAGAUUAGACCUUAGAUUUAUAUCUGAUGAUAUGACAUUUGAUCAGGAACCUGAAGAGAUAUGUACUGAGAUACCUGAACCUAUCAAGUAUCAACCACGACAGUUUACGACAACGGCAUUGCAACAAGUUAAAGUCAAGUUAACAUGGGAUGAAACAAAUCCAGAUAGACAAGAGUUUACGCAGAAAUUAAAUACAGGAAACCUACAGGAUAUUGAUGAAAACGAUCUACAAACAUAUUUGGCAAGUGGUAGCGAGGAUGACUCAGAUACAGAAAAAAAGAAAGACGUAACUGAGAAAACAAAUGAUAAUUUAGAUAAAGAAUCAGAAACAAAUGAUCUAAUCGGAAAGUACAAAUCUUUACUUAAGACUAUUGAAGAAGAAGAAGAGGCAAAGAAAAACAAAGAUGUAGAAUUAGAAUUCUCAUGGGGUUUAGGCACCAAAGAAAAAGUUGAAAAGUUAGUGCAAGAAAGAAUGAAAAAUAAAGAAGAACUUACACCUUUUGAACAAUAUCUAGAGAAACGCAAGGCAAAAAGAAAAGCUAAGAGAGAAGAAAGGAAAAAGUCUAAAGAAGAAAGUCAGAAAAGCGAUUCGGAAGAUUCUGUGCCAUCUGAUGUAGAUAUGAAUGAUAAAUAUUUUACGGACGAAUUAAAAAAUAAUAAAUUAUCCCAUAAAAAAGAAACGAAAAAUAAUGAAGCUGAUGUUAGUUCAUUGAAUGAGCAGGAAAAUAGUCGACAUGAAGCUGAAUUGGAGUUACUUCUGAUGGAUCAAGACGAAGAUGGUAAAAAGCAUUUCAAUAUGAAACAGAUUGAAGAAAAUGCAACUAUGUCGAAAUCCAAACGAAAACGUCUUAAUAAAAAGAAAAAUGUGCAAGAAGAAGCGAAAGAGGAUGAUUUCGAAGUUAAUGUUAAAGAUCCAAGAUUUACUGCUUUGUUUACAUCACAUCAUUUCAAUAUCGAUCCUGCGGAUCCGCAUUAUAGAAAAACAAAAGGUACAGAAGCAUUAAUUAAUGAGAAAUUGAAGAGAAGAGCUAGAAAUGAAGUACACACAGAAAACGACAAACAAUUUAAAAAGCCAAAAACAGAUGGAAAAUUGCCAACAGAAUUACAAGCUCUAGUUAAAUCUGUUAAGAAAAAAACACAAAAUAUCACACAGCCAAUAAAAAGAUAAGGUAAUUAUAUUAUCUUUGUAUUAAUAA